UGGUUUACGGCGAACACUUACAUCCGCUCUAUGUAGGUGGCUGUCAAAAUGGUGGAAGCUGCGAUGCGGCGACUGGAGCCUGCACUUGUGUGGGCCAAUGGAGUGGAACGACAUGUACUACGUGCGGAUGUCAAACCCAUGAAACAUGUGAUCCUAAGGCUGGCGCUUGUAUUUGUGCGGGCCAAUGGAGCGGAGUGUCCUGCGCCACAUGUGGCUGUCAAAAUGGUGGAAGCUGCAGUCCGACGACUGGAGCCUGUACUUGUGUGGGCCAAUGGGGCGGAACGACAUGCACUACGUGUGGCUGCCAAAACGGUGGAACCUGCGAUCCGGUGACUGGUGCCUGUACUUGUGUGGGCCAAUGGAGCGGUGGGACAUGCUCAGGUAUGUGUUGGGUGCGUGAAAAGCAAUUCUUGACUAAAUGA